AUGAACAUUGGGCAAACGCACCUAGGUGGGCUGAUAUCAAAUGCUCAGCAGGAUGAAAAGGUAAGAUAUCACAUUGUGGGGUCUAAGGUAAGGAUGGCGUGCAACCUUGUUAGAAGCUUGUAUGGCAAGUCCCAGCGAACAAAGCUCAUAGUGAAUGGAUAUGGGCAGGUUGUUCUCUCUUCACAGCCCGGUGUUAUCUACGACAAUGUCAAGAUGAACCACCCUCUUGUGAAGCUACUGCAGGACUAUGUCAAGAAGAUGGAUGUUGCUGGAGACGGGGCGACUUUUUUUGUGAUUCUUGUGUCUGAACUGAUCCAGGAGACCAUGGAUGUUGUUGGGAAAGGUAUGAAGCCCACGUAUCUCAGCCACAUGCUUAGGGAGGUGCACAAGGAGGUUGAGGAUCUUGCAAAGGAGCUUUUGAUUGAACACAGUAUCAGGUUUGAUGACCGAGAAAGCAUAUCGAAGGUUCUCCGGGGGGUUUUGAAGGAUGACGGACUGGAAAAGAUAGUUAGCAAGGGGAUAUCGCUUGCCAGGAGCUUCAGCUCUGAAAGCAUCAGGGUUUGCAAAGUUGGAUGCGGGUCUAUAGAAGACAGUUAUGUUGUUCAGGGGAUGGUGUUCAAUAGGUCACCUGAGGGAGAGGUGAGGCACAUGGUGAAGGGGAAGACGUCGAUAUACAACUGCCCGCUAGACAUAGCAAGGACGGAGCUGAAGGGGACUGUUCUGAUGAAGACUGCCUCUGAGCUGCUAUCUUUCAGUAAGGAUGAAAAUGAAAGGACCAGGAAGGCCGUGGAGUUUAUGAAAGGAGAUGUUGUGAUAUGCAGUGGAAAAGUGGACAGGAUAUAUCUGGAUUUCCUGAACAAGAGCAAGAAGCUAGUCUUCCGAAUUACUAGUAAGUACGACUUGAGAAGAAUGCGAGAGCUAGUUGGGGGACAUAUUCUAUCGAGCCUGGGGUCAGAAAGCGAGGGCAGCAUGGGGUUUGUUGAGGAGGUUGUCACCUUUACAGAAGGCACUUGCGAGUACACGAAGUUUAUAUCUGAAAGUAAGAAAGUGUACACCCUAGUUCUGAAGAACUCUGUGCAGGCCGUGCUGGAUGAGCAAGAGAGGAUGGUUCAAAAGGCAUUGACUGUCUUAAGUAAGAAUACCAAGGAUGAUAAAAUUGGCCUGGUCGAAGGAGCAGGAAAAUUCGAGAAAAGGCUAUCGAAGAUGUUUUUCGAAAGGUCGGCGGUUUCAAGCGAGGGUAAGAAUCUUGUGUACAAGUGCAUUGGAAAGGUGCUCGGGGGAUUUGCGUCUUCUGAUGCAGAGAUCUACGACGUAUACAACUGCAAGGUGAAGGCGCUGAAGUACUCCAUUGAGUUUAUAUCCACUCUGUUUGAGACCAGCGAUUAUCUCAUAGGGAAGCCUGAGGCGAUCAAUAUUGCGCCCAGAACUAACCAGCACUGGGAUGAGGAUCACUGA